UUACUCCAGGAGCAGUGACGUCCAUUGAUGAGUUUCUUGUGGUUAUGGAAAGCAACGACCUCUAUUUGGUGUACCAUGGACUUUUCCUACCUAAACUCGCUCAUUCUGAAAACAGUCUUAACUAUUUUGAGAAGUUCGUAGUUCAAGACGACGACGUAUUUAUAGUUUCAUACCCCAAGUCUGGUACAACAUGGAUGCAAGAGAUUAUUCCCUUGCUCCUCAAUGGAGGAGAUCUUACUCCAGUGCAGACCAUCCCAAACUGGGACCGGGUUCCUUGGCUUGAAGAGACACGUGCUGCUGUGGUCAUGGACAAGCUGAGUUCUCCACGGGCCAUAGUCUCCCAUAUGCCUUAUCAUCUGAUGCCUUCCACCUUCUUCUCUUCUAAGGCUAAGGUUGUUUAUAUUGCCAGAAACCCUAAAGAUGUCGUGGUUUCCUCUUUUCAUUUCCACCGGAUGGCCAGUUUUCUGGAUGACCCAGGAACAUUUGAAGAAUUUAUUAACAAGUUUCAAACAGGGCAGGUGCUUUUUGGGAAAUGGACUGAUCAUAUGAAGAGCUGGAAAAACCCAGAUUUAGGAGAUAGAAUUCUCUAUAUCACUUAUGAGGAGCUUGUUCAGGAUCUGCGUGGGGGAAUAAAACGCAUUUUAUGCUUUCUUGGUCGGAAGCUUAGUGAAGAUGCUCUGGACCGUGUGACCGAACACUGUCAAUUCAAAAACAUGAAACAUAACAAGAUGUCCAACUAUUCACUGGUACCCCAAGAGAUCAUGGACAGCAACAAAUCAUCUUUCCUCAGAAAAGGAAUUGCUGGAGACUGGAAGAAUCACUUCAGCCCAGAGUUGGAGGCCAAAUUCAUUGCAACCAUUAAUGAAGAAAUGAAGGGAUCUGGAAUUAGAUUCUCUUGGGAUGAGGAAGAAAAAUGAAAUUCCCCUUAAUUAAUUGAAAAUUUAUCAUAAAUCUAGUCCAAGGUAAAACUUUUGUUAUUUUCCUUUCAUUGUAAUUUUUCUCCUCACUCUUCAUUAGCUUCAGGCCAGCAUAGUAAAUAAUUAAGCUUUUUGCAGGACUUUAUUCAGUUUGGACUAGAAUUGUUCAGGAGUCAGAUUAUCGUAACUCAUUCAUUAGAAAUAUGAUGCUUGAUUAGAAAUAUGAUGUAUUCUUUCAGGAGUAAUGGUAGAAUAAAACAAAGUAAAAAAAAAUUGUAGUUUGUUCUUGGUGUAAGCCUUAUUUCCUAUCAGCAUAUCCAAUGAUGCAUGGGUGAAAAGAAUUUUUCCUAUCAGGAAAAAAAUGAAUCAAAGCUUAAAACUUUAAUCAUCUUCGGACUACCAUUAUAAGCCUGUUUCAAACUACAAUGAAACCCACUGACAUUAUGUUUGUUAACCCUAUUCUAUAGAUAGGAUUAAUAAAAGAUCAGGUUGAACAAGCCUGGA